UUUUGUCAUCUUUUUAAUCUCACUCAUAGUGUUAAACAUUGAACAGGAAGAAAUAUGGCUCCACUUACAAGAAUAGGAUUAGCUGGUCUAGCUGUUAUGGGCCAAAAUUUGGCCCUCAAUAUUGCUGAGAAAGGCUUUCCCAUCUCUGUUUAUAACCGAACUACCUCCAAAGUUGAUGAGACUGUUGAACGAGCUAAACAAGAAGGUGAUCUGCCUUUAUAUGGCUUCCAUGAUCCUGAAGCUUUUGUUCAGUCUAUCCAGAAACCUAGAGUCAUAAUCAUGCUUGUAAAGGCAGGGGCACCUGUUGACCAAACCAUUAAGACCCUUUCUGCUUAUUUGGAGAAAGGUGAUUGUAUCAUUGAUGGUGGCAAUGAGUGGUAUGAGAACACUGAGAGGCGAGAAAAGGCGAUGGCUGAAUUGGGAUUGCUCUACCUUGGAAUGGGAGUUUCAGGUGGUGAAGAAGGAGCACGACAUGGGCCCUCUUUGAUGCCUGGAGGCUCCUUUGAGGCUUAUAAGUACAUUGAAGAUAUUCUUCUUAAGGUUGCAGCUCAAGUUGAAGAUAGUGGUCCCUGUGUGACCUAUGUUGGUAAAGGUGGAUCUGGUAACUUUGUGAAGAUGGUCCAUAAUGGGAUUGAAUAUGGUGAUAUGCAGUUGAUUGCAGAGGCUUAUGAUGUCCUGAAAUCUGUUGGAAAAUUGUCCAAUGAAGAACUACAAAGUGUUUUCUCAGAAUGGAACAAGGGAGAGCUUCUGAGCUUCUUGAUUGAAAUUACUGCAGAUAUAUUUGGAAUUAAGGAUGAUAAAGGGGAUGGGUAUUUGGUUGAUAAGGUAUUGGACAAAACUGGUAUGAAGGGUACUGGUAAAUGGACAGUACAACAAGCUGCUGAUUUGUCAGUUGCAGCUCCUACAAUUGAAUCUUCUUUGGAUGCAAGGUUUCUUAGUGGGUUGAAGGAGGAAAGGGUUGAAGCUGCCAAACUUUUUAAAUCUCGAGGAUUUGAUGAUAUUGUGUCCAACCAAACUGUGGACAAGGCAAAAUUGAUUGAUGAUGUAAGACAAGCUCUCUAUGCAUCCAAGAUAUGCAGUUAUGCUCAGGGGAUGAAUCUUAUUCGUGCAAAGAGUAUUGAAAAGGGUUGGGACUUGAAGUUGGGGGAACUGGCAAGGAUUUGGAAGGGUGGUUGCAUCAUCAGAGCCAUUUUUUUGGAUAGAAUCAAGAAGGCUUAUGAUAGAAAUCCUGAUCUUGCAAACCUUCUUGUUGAUCCAGAAUUUGCAAAGGAAAUCAUUGAGCGGCAAUUUGCUUGGCGUAGAGUUGUAUGCCUUGCUAUCAACUCAGGCAUUAGCACCCCUGGCAUGUCCGCCAGUCUUGCUUAUUUUGACACUUAUAGGAGGGAAUGCUUGCCAGCUAAUUUGGUUCAAGCUCAACGUGAUUAUUUUGGUGCUCACACAUAUGAAAGGACUGAUAUGGAGGGUUCUUUCCAUACUGAAUGGUUCAAGAUUGCCAAACAGAUAAACAACUGAGUCAGAUUCUGUAGUAUUUUUCAGAAAUUCCAAUAAGCAUGAUCAUAUCUGCUCUGGAAGUUAUACCUGACAGAGCUAACAGUUUAUUGUUUGGUGACAGUUGAUCUCGGCAGCAUUUCUGAAAUCCAGUUACAUAUUUAAACCUUGUCUUAGUUUAUUAGCUUUGGUUCUGUUUUGGCAGAUAUGCUUUUCUAUUGUGUUUAAAUUUGAGUGUUAAACAAGUUUGUGGUCCCUUUUCUAUUUUACUGAUAAAUGGCCAAUGCGAGGCACUGUUCUUGGUUCAAUGUUGGAACCAGCUAUUGCAAUAAAGUUAAUAAUUUUCA